GGUGCCGGUGACGUUACGAGAAGCCCUUAAUGACGGCGACCGUGGUAUCGCAAGCAACGACAGGUUGAAAGUCACCUGCAUGGGCCCCCAAGAUGAAACGUCGAGGUUUGAUGCGUCAUCAGAGAGGACAGACGCACCGGCCUGCCUCGCCGACGCAGGGGCGAGUGACGGAGGGGCGGAUCAGGGGGACUCCAAGCGGCGCUGCACGGUGUGCAAGGGGUUAGCUACGGGGUACCACUACGGCGUGGCGUCGUGCGAAGCUUGCAAGGCGUUCUUCAAAAGAACCGUUCAAAAGAAACUCUCUUACACGUGUCUGGAGAAGCGGCAGUGUAGCGUCUUGUAUGGGAAGAAGCGAACAUGCCAGGCCUGCAGAUAUGAGAAAUGUAUCGAGGCGGGGAUGAUGGUCAAUGGUGUUCGACAGAACCGGAGCAAAGGCGGUCGGCAGGAGUACAGACGCAGACCGGACGAGCGGGACUUCUCGCCGGCUACAUCGGGCAAGAAACGCAAACACAAACUGGCUUUGGAGUUUUCUGAGCGACUCUUAGAGAUCGAGCCGGAAGUGCUUCGAGUUCACGUCCCCGAUGACAUGAAGACGUGUUUCAAUUCCGGUUCACGUGAUAAGACCAAGCAGGUGCCGGGCAUGAUGAUCAUGGCGGAUUUAGCGGACCGAGCCUUGAUCACCACGGUGCGAUGGGCAAAGAAAAUUCCAGGUAUGAGCAUGGACAAUCCGUCAAUUAAAGACAUGUGUUCGGUUCUGUUCUUCACAAAGAUUUUAUUACAACACCCAAUCUCAGGUUUCGACAAGCUGUGCCUGAACGACCAGAUGGCCCUCCUGUGCAGCUCAUGGAUGGAGAUUCUCCUCAUGAACGUCAUCCACCGUAACUCCCUCCUGCCAGCCGCCGAGGCAUGCGGGGGGAUCGUCUUUGCUCCCGGUCUGGUCGUCUACCGUGAGGACAUGAACUCACCGGAACGAAGCGUCUCGCCCCUCAUCUUUGAGCAGAUUGUGAACUUGGUAGACCGUAUUCGACCGCUCAAACUCAGCAAGGCUAUCGUGGUUAUUCUGAAGGCUAUGGUGCUUUUCAACGCAGGCCCCUCGUUGUCGAAUCGACUUCUGAUGAAAUCUCACAAGGAGUUGGAGGAAAUCCAGUCAACCGUUCAAGACGCCCUACACUAUCGCAUCCAGCAGGAACAUCCGGGCAACAAGCGUCUGGUAUACCACCUCAUGAUGCUGUUACCGCUCGUCAAAGAAACGGCCCUGACUGUCUCCAGUCUGGUCUGGUCCGCGUUCGACCGGGAACGGGUGCCCAUGCAGCAGUUGCUGAAGGAAGUGCUGCAGCCGAUACUGCAGACCAGCGAACGGAACCAGCGAAAGAUGCCGCGGUACUCUGCCGAUGCCACCUCGACCUUACCCGAACAGCCGAACGAUGACCGAGUCAAGACAGAACACACCCAGAACGCUUCCAAGCCAGCAUUUGGCUACCCCACCUGAGUAACAUAACACCGUGAAAUAACAUUAUUACAACACUGACGAUUGAAAGGAAAUGUCAAAAGAAUUCGUCGGCAAAUCAAACUGAUAUCAUGGCAAAGAUCAAAUUUCAAAGACAGAAAACGAGACUCGAUAGUGGAAUAAUCUUGUGUAACUCGGGGAAGUUAACUUCAAGCUGUGAAAAUCGUUCAUUACAUUAAAGUGAAACAAUCAGUUUGGUACCGUACGGCAAUGUUUAAAACAUAAGAGAAUAGAACUGUGAUAGAAAGUGUAUAAAUACAUGUAAAUAAAUAAAUAAAUAAACAUUUUAUUUAGUAUUCUGUUCUAAUGAUGCAUAUACCUUUUGAUCCAGAUUGAAUCUCCGAUAAAGAAAUCUGACUCCGCUACGAUAAUAAUUUUAUUUUCCCUGUUAAGUGUUUUAUCCCCUUCGGGAGUGUACAUUUUUGGUGUUUUUUAAAGCGAGUUUUCAGCAUCGAAUACCUUGAGGUAUAUAUAGUUUUAGUGACUGAACAAUAAUUACAGUUCAUUGGGGAAGGUCAGGCUGAUAUCAAUUACCUCGUUAAUAAUUCGUCUUUCCGUGAUAAUUUGUCACGGAACACGCAUGGUCACUUUCUAUCGUUUCAUUCACUCGGGCCAUAUCCCAAUUUCGAAUAAUUCCGAUUGCGAAUUACGGUUAACUCAGCGAAAGCACACUUCCGUUCGUUGUAAAGUUAUGAAGUUUCGAUCAAGUGUGAAUGUUGGUGUUUCUCAUCUGAAGUUGAAUUUCAAAGCAAUAUCUAAGCAAAAGGCGAAAUAUAAACCGAAAUGUUCAUACAACAAGAACUUUUUAAAAAUCAUAAGGAGCCUAUCAACUGAAGAAAUCCCGCAGUGAUCCACAGAGGCAUUUAAUUAGCUGCAUACAUGUAUAUCAACUAGCACACAUUUAACACUUAAAGUCAGCCAUUUUUAUUAAAAUGAACUCAUUGUUUCAACGAAUGAGAGAAUCACUGGCUACUAAAGUAAAAUGGUAUGGAGUGAGAAUUUCAGUGUGUAAUUUAGAGUGUUUUUCUCAUUAAAUAUAUUUAUCACUAAGUAACAUCAUAAAUGUUGU